AUGGCUGAAAACAAUAGAGUGGGUCAACUGGAUGACCCCGUACCACCAAUAGUUCCACUUCCUCAAAAUCUAGCAGCUCAACCACGUCUUCGUGACAUCCAAAGACCGAUAAUAGUUGUUAAUCCUUCUUGCAUUCAAUUAUCUGAUGCAGCUAGAAAUUAUGAACUCAAGACUUUCCAUCUGAAUAUGCUCCCUACCUUUAACGGUUUGGGAAGUGAAGAUGCUUUGGGUUUCAUGCGAGAGCUCUAUAGUACGGUACAAACUUUACCUUUAAAUAAUUUGUCUGAAGAAGAGCUUAGAAUGAAAUGUUUUCCAUAUUGCAUGAGGGGAGAUGCUAGGCAGUGGUUGUUAAAUUUACCAGAGGGUUCUUUAAGAGUUUGGGAUGAUGUUUACAAUGCUUUCAUGUUUAAAUUUUAUUCAUCUCAAAAGACAAUGGACUAUAGGAGUAGGAUAUGCACUUUCACUCAAAGAGAGGGUGAAUUAUUUCAUGAAGCAUGGGAUCGUUUUAAAUUGCUUUUGACACAAUGUCCACACCAUCAAUUCCCAUUGUUAUUGUUGACACAAUUCUUUUGUGAUGGUUUAGCUCCUAAUUGUCAGUCUCUUGUAGAUACUGCUGCAGGUGGAUACACAGGUGAUAAAAAUAGUGAUGAAUUAGAAGCUAUCUAUGAGAGCUUAGCUAGUAAUUCUCGACAAAAGGCAGUGAGAGGUCGAAGAACUACUGUGCAUGAAAUUAGCACACAAUCUGAGUUGACAACACAAGUGGCUGAAUUGACUAAACAGAUGAACUUGUUGAUGACUCGUGAUAGUUCGAAUAAAGAAUUUUGUUCUUAUUGCAAUACAUAUGGUCAUAAUUCUUCUGUUUGUAUGAAUGCAGAGUCAUCACAACCAUCUUAUGAGGAAGCUAAUUACAUGGGAUCCAAUAUGGGUAGGCAACCACCAAGAAAUGAUCCAUUUUCUAAUACAUAUAAUCCAGGUUGGCGAAAUCAUCCUAACUUCUCAUGGAGAGAUCAAGGUAAUGCAAGACCAAUGGGACCACCCGGAUUCCAGCAACAAGGACCAUCAGGAUUCCAGCAGCAGCAAUACAGACCUUUCCAGCAGCUACCUGCACCACAACAGUCUCAACUUCCUGCUCAGGAGAAAAAGCCUCAAUUGGAAGAGAUGUUCAUGCAAUACAUGGCUAGCCAGGACACGAUGAUGAAGAAAAUGGAUGCAAAAAUUGAUAAGUUUGCUCAAUCCAGCCAAGCAUCCAUUCAUAAUUUAGAGCUGCAAGUAGGUCAGUUGGCUAAAUUGGUUGCAGAAAAAGAUCGAGGUAAGUUUCCUAGUAACACUGAAAUAAACCCUAGGGAAGGAGCUAUGGCUGUCACUUUGAGAAGUGGUAAGAUAUUGAAUGAAAUUAUGACAGAAAGUGAACCCAUGAGGGUUGAAAAAAAGAGUGAUAAAGAAGAGGAACAAGUGCCUAAAGAGAAUUCUAGUGAUCAAAACCUCACUUCCUCUACAGUAAAACCUUAUGUACCCCCCAUUCCAUAUCCACAGAGGUUACAAAAGAGGAACCAGGACAAUAACUUUAAAAGAUUUUUAGAGGUUUUUAAAAAAUUGCAAAUUAAUAUUCCUUUUGCAGAAGCACUUGCUAAUAUGUCAUCUUAUGCCAAGUACAUUAAGGAAAUUGUGUCUAAUAAAAAGAAACUGGAAGAGUUUGCUACUGUGCACUUAAAUGAGGAGUGUAGUGCUAUUCUACAAAGCAAAUUACCUCCUAAGCUAAUGGAUCCAGGAAGUUUUUCUAUUCCUUGCACUAUUGGUAAUACUGUUGUUGAUAAAUGCUUAUGUGAUCUAGGUGCCAGUAUUAACCUUAUGCCUUUAACUCUUUUCAAUAAGUUGGAAAUAGCUGAUAUGAAGCCAACAACAAUCUCUCUUCAACUUGCUGAUAGAUCAGUAAAGUACCCGCUUGGAGUAGUGGAGGAUAUAUUGGUAAAAGUUGGUAAAUUUUAUUUUCCUGCUGAUUUUCUGAGUCUUGAUAUGGGUAGUGAUACAGAUACAUCUCUUAUACUUGGUAGACCAUUUUUGUUAACAGGAGGAGUAUUAAUUGAUAUGCCUUUAGGGAAAUUGAUUUUUAGAGUAGGUAAAGAAAAAGAGGAAUUCUUUAUCUCUACGGCUGUAAAAUUACCAACUUUUGAUGAAUCAUGUCUUUCUGUUGAUGUUAUUGAGAACCCUUCAGAAGAAGAAUUUGUUAAGCAUUCACCUAGUGAAACACCACAUCAACUUGAACUUAACCCACCUUCAUUGCGGUUCAAAUACGAAUUUUUGAGUAACAAUGAUACUUUUCUUAUGUUUUCUUAUGCUCAUUUACUUCAUGCAAAAGAAGAGAGAUUGUGGAGAACAUUGACUAAAGCUUGGCAUGACAAAAAUAAUUUUUGGAGAGAAUUCAAUGUAGGGCAAGAAGUUUUGUUGUCUAAUUCUUGUCUUAAGUUUUUUUCUAGAGAAGUUGAAGUCUAG